AUGCAAGUUCAAAAAUCAACCUCUACACCUGCUCCUUCUUCAUCGUCUUCUCCUCGCUCUUCCAAAAGUCAGCAUAGACCAUCCUUAAAGCAAUAUCAGCAGCAACAUCAGCAGCAGCAGCAGCAACGACCGUCAACUCGACGUAGCCCUGAUGACCGACCACGAUCUGCUGUGCCACGCAACAGCCCAAUGCCAUUAGCCAUGAUGCAUGAUGCUCGAUCACCGCGACCUUCAUCGUCGUCUUCCUCAACGACAUCGUCUGUUACUGGAGCAUCGUCCGAUUUUUCAUCGGGCCGUCGAUCAUCCGUCACAUCAGUGUCAUCGACCGUCUCUAUGCGCUCAGAAAUGUCCGUCAGCUCCAAGGUCUCGCUGUCGAAACGCCUGCGCAAGGUAUUUAGCGUCAGUAGUUUAAGAGGAGGAAAGCAGGACGACUGUGAUACCGGAUCUAUAGUCUCUGGCCGUGCAUCACUAUAUGGGCGCAAUGGCUCCAACACAUCGCUCAACAGCAGCACUUUUGACGAUACCAGCUCAAUUGUUUCCAAUGCGACAACCCAAAGCAAUGUUACAAACAAGAGCAGCACUUCCAACAACAGCUGUGGAGCAGCACCUAGCCGCUCAAAAUCAUUCCGCCGACGAUCAAUUGCAUCCUUGUCAAAUUUGUUUCACAAAAACAGUACUGGCAGCAGCACUGUACCAACAGUGCUUGAGGUGGAAGAGGACGACAACGAUGAAGAAGCAUCAGUACAAGAAAACACCAAUCACAGUCGUCGUUGUGGACUGCCGCCUUCGAUAGACAACAGCAAUCAUAAUGAUAGCAACAAUAAUACCGCAGAAUCAGUAGUAGAAGGCCAGCAACAGCAACAGCGUUACGGCUUGCCGACAUAUGGCUCGCCCAAAUUGCGACCGACUUCUUCGUCCUCGAGUGUUGCUACGACGGAAAUUACCUCGUGCAGUAAUAAAUCGUCCACCAGGAGAAGAAUUCAGUUCUGUCCUACCAUACAAGUGCAUGAGACGUUCGGCUCAUCCGAGUAUGAUCGACGCAGCGAUACAGCCGCUACUUGCCAAAAGAUCACUCAAAUGAUGGCAAUGAAGAUCAAACAGGAGUUGAACGAAUAUAAACUGUCCGAGAUGCAGAUCCACGCGGAUAGUCGCAAAUACACUCACUUCUUCUUGUAA